AUCCGGACAAUUCGGAACGAUAUAAAGCGCGACUUGUGAUUAAAGGGUGUUCACAGAAAGAAGGCAUAGACUAUAAGGAAACCUAUAGUCCUAUUGCUCGGUUUGACACAAUUAGAUUAAUGCUUAGUAUGGCUGCCAAAAAUAAUUUACACCUUGGACAGUUUGACAUUAAAACCGCAUUUUUAUAUGGAAGUCUGAAAGAAGACAUUUAUAUGAAACAACCUAAAGGUUUUGAUGAUGGUACAAAUCGCGUUUGUAAAUUGCUAAAAUUAGAGAAAUUUAAUAUGAAUGAGGCAAACAGUGUUUCUACACCUAUUGAGACUAAUUGGAAUGAAAGUAACAUAGGCAAUAAUGAUUGUAACGCACCAUACAGAGAAGCUGUAGGAAACUUAAUGUUUCUACAAACCGGACCGCGGACAUGGGACUCUUAUAUACAAAAGCAGGUAGUCUCGAAACCUUCAGCGAUGCUGACUAUGCAGGCGACAAAGACACAAGAAAGUCGACAUCAGGCGUUGUAUGUAAGUAUGCGAAUGCGGCCAUUACAUGGCAAUGUAAGCGACAACAAUGUAUAGCUUUAUCUACGACAGAAGCUGAGUAUGUCAGUGCAGCCUCAGGAGCGAAAGAAAUUAUGUGGCUGAAGAAAAUAUUUCUUGAAUGUAAAAUAGAUAUCCUCAAGUAUACGCUAUAUGUAGACAAUACUAGUGCCGCGAAAUUAAUUAAGAAUCCGGAAUUCCAUCAAAGAAGUAAUCAUAUUGAUGUAAGAUAUCAUUUCUUGCGAGAUUUAUACAAUAGAGGCGAAAUUGAUGUAACGUAUGUAAUAAGCGAAGAACAACUGGCAGAUAUAUGUACAAAGGCGUUGCCAAAACCAAGAUUUGACUAUUUGAGACAGAAAUUAGGUUUGAAAAAUAAAAGAGAUAUUAAGAGGUAAUUUUUGUAAAGAUGUAGAG